AUGCUCACACACACGGCUGCAUUCAUACAUGCGUGGCGAAGGGCACAACAGCUUGCAGCAACUGCUCGCAGACUUCCGGCUCUCCUGCAUGUAUCAGCCCCAGUAGUGACGACAUACGGACGGAUGGAGGCCUCACACGCGGCGAUCAGCAUGGAGCAGCGCUGGGGGUUUCUGAACCCCUGGUGCCAAGCGCUGGCGCACAAGGUCCAGUACACGCGCUUCCGCUGCGAAGGCUCGGGCCGCGAGGGAGAGCCCGUCUGGGAGAGCAAGGGCCGCCAGCUGCAGGUGGCGGUGGGGAGCCAGCGCCACGCGCAGGACGCCUACAUCCCCUCGGAGCUCGUGCGGGUGCGCGAGGCGCUGGCGCUGCUGGCUGCGGUGGCGCACGUGGACCACGAGGCCUGGAAGUACCUGCUGCACGCGCACUGCAAGCUCAACUGGUGGCGCGACGGCGAGGAGAACCUGCCCGAGCGGCUGCCGGCGCGCUUCGUGCUCAAGCUGCCGCAGGAGACAGUUGCGGACGACCUGGCCAGGUUCUUCGGCGUGGAUCAUAGAGAGCAGCCUAGUGGGGCCUACGUGGAGGCCAUGAAGAGGGUGGCGGCCUUUGACCACCGUCUGCAGCCCACGAGCCCCGGCGUGGACAUCGAGGUGCCCAUCCGAGUGGCCUAUGGUGUCGCGGAGGAGAAGCUGGCGGCGGCGGGACACCCGGACCAGCUUAUCAAGGGCAUGAGGAAGAUGCCGAGGACGGAGAGGAACAUCCGACAGGAGUGGGACAGACUGCACACGACGGACGUGGAGUCUGGGUCGAUUAGAUGCACCUUCGUGCUGGAGCCGAUGGUCAUGGAUAUCCAGGAGAGCGGCAGCGUCGCCAAGACCGCAGGCAUGAUGGAGAGAUACGUGCUAAACAACUUCUGGUUCUCGCUCGUGUCGGUCAAGGCCAAGCUGGCCUCGGAGAGCGGCGAGCCCGACACGCUGAUCGCCUUCCGCCAGCUGAUGAUCGCUCUGUUUGACGGUGCGCGCCGUGAUCCUGCGUUGGCGCAUACGAGAUAUCAUGGCAUUGCGGCCCAGCGCAGUCAGCUCCAGCUCGGCAAGCUGGUGCUGCACGCGGACGGAGCGUUGGACCCCUUGGAGACCGAGGCGCUAUUCUCAUCGCUCGUGUUGAACCAGACGGCCCAGAGACUGACUGCGUGGGUGUACUUGAUGAGCAACGAGCAGGAUAGAACCAACAUUUGGUGGAAGUGGCUGGCGUACGGAUGCUUCUCGAAGCGAGCGCGGACGCACUCCGCGCUUCGAUCGCUCGAACUCAACGAUAUCGGCAGUCUGAGUCUGGCGGAUGUGGAGGCAUUCCUGGCGAUUUUGGACUCGGAGGGCCCAGAGGAGGUGCUGUAUGGAUUCCCGCACGGCCAAGUAGAGGGAAGAGACGCGACGCUGAAGGAUGGAGCUCUCGUCCAGUACGAUAUUCAGGAACACGGCCAGUCUCGCAGUCUCACAUUUACGUCGUGCCGGUUCUUGCUACACACGUUUAGUGACGACGGAAGCAGUGAGUGGGUGAACGUGCUAGUGCCCGGUUUCGGUCGUUGCUUGGUGCGACGAAGUGAUCUGGUUUUCAAGUCGGAGUCGGCGCCGAAGGCUAUUCGCCCCAGUUUAUCGGAGCUGAGCCUCAAGUUCUAUGAAACAGCUACAAUGGAUGGACUUACUCGCUUCUUGGCAGCCGUUGGUUCGUCUCUUUCGUCGCUGAAGAUUGCCAACCCUGGAGAUAUUGUGGACACAAGCGUGAUUUUGCGGUGCUGCCCCAACCUGCGCGAGUUGACACUCAGUCGGGGCUUGAUUGACAUGCACUUCAAGUUCGAUCAGUACCGUGGACUGCCGCAAGCUAUCUCUACAUUCCGCCCGCACUGGGAAAACAUCGCAGCUCUUGCGACUUCUCUGACCAAGGAGAGCAAUCCUCUUGUCAAGUGCAUUAGCGAGCUCCGGAUUCGUUUGGUGAUGUCCAAUGAAGCCGAUGAUCGUGCUUAUGAGUCGAAUGAAGUUCGCGUGUGGCUGGACGCUCUUCUGCAGAUGCUUGCUGUGAACAAGCACCUUCAGUACCUCGAAGUGAAGGUGUCCAUGGAGCACAGCGACUACCUCGACAGCUUUAGACGCCACCACCAUGAAAUCAUCCGCCACAACCUCAGCUUGGAGUCGAAGAUCGCAUUCUUGAGUGUGUUGCCGAACCCCAGAACGCCGACUGAGGCCCCCGCGAAGAAGAAGUGCGCAACACUAGCGUCGCGACGUCAGCUGUUGAAUUUGGGUCAGACCGCCCUGUCCAAGAUCUUCGCGUAUGCUGCCGAGCCUGUAACCCGACGCGUCUGCUUCCGGGCGUUUUAG